GGACCUACCGUACCAGUGUGAGAAGAGGAUCACACAAGCAUACUGUGGAUUUUUUAUCUGUACAUGCUACUUGAUUAUCAUCUAUCUUUUAAUGAUUCUCUCAAAAACAGAGAAGGAUCCAAGAAAAAACAUUGUCUUUCACUUCUACUUGAGAGCCGGCUGAAUUUUAUGACGCCUUCUGGAGAUUCUACCUGGACCCUUAGAAACAGAGCAGCUCGGGCUGCAUCUCUGAUCAGCAAAGCUCUCCGUGUGGAAUACAGUAAUCAAGUUGCCUUAAGUCAUCAAUCAAGUUGCACUAAUUGUUGUAACUGUACUGCUGAUACCACUCCAGACUUCACUAGGACUUUCCAAGCCAGUAGUUUCUCAUGUGGUUUGAAUGUUUUCAACUGACAUUUGAAUGUUUCUGUUAAAUUUGGCGUGGCUGUGAAAAGUAGGGGUGGGGGUGUGAGCUUCCUGCUAAGUUCAUGGUGAAUUUCGAAGCCUCACUUCCACGUGGGAUCCGUGCUAUGGCAGCAACCUACAGGCUUAUGGUCACAACUGUGAACUGCUACAGCAGCGUGGUGAUAGACCAGCACUUCCAGCACACUGUGCAUUACUGCACAGGCACUUGCCAGGUGUUUAAGCAAGGAGUCACAUGUAUAGUCGCCCACCACAGUGUGUGCGCUGAGCUCAGUGUCCAAGAUGCCAACCAAGACCAUAAAAUUCCUGUUUCUGAAAAUGGGCUUGCCUUGCCUGGAAAUGAGGACUAUCACCAAAUCCUCCCAAAUAAUCCAAGAAUCAAAAAGGGCUCUUCAGUGCAAGCUUCUAGCAGUUUAAAGGACAUUACUGGUGAGGCAAUAAAUCUUGCCAGUGGUAAAAUAAAGGAGUUCUCCUUUGAGAAAGUCAAAAACUCUUCCAGUCACGUGGCCUACAGAAAAGGAAGGAAAGUUCGGUCAGAAUCAUUCAGCAGACGAUCAUUUGAUUUUGACGUGAUUUAUGGGCACUUCAGCAAUGAUGAGAACUGCCCUCCCUGUGGCUUUUUGCAGAGUCCCUCACCUGUGGAGAAAUGGCAGGAGAGCAACGAUGCUCCAGAAGUCAGCAUGAAUCCUGUGGUUCCCCUCUCACCUCAUUCUUUCUCUGAAGAAAACUUCAUUACCCAAAUUUUGGAAAAGCACAAGCUGGAUGGUUCUUCUGGUGGAGAUAUUAAGGUGUGCUUAGACAUCUUGCUCAAGUGCUCAGAGGAUCUGAAAAAGUGCACCGACAUAAUAAAGCAUUGCAUCAAAAAGAAAUCUGCAGACAGCGUUAGUGGAGGGAACAGCAGUGAUCCCCUGGCUAAUUCAGAAAUGAUUUAUAUGAAUUUGAUGACGAGAUUUUCUUCAUACCUAAAAAAGCUGCCCUUCGAGCUCAAGCCACCUGGGCACAAGGAAGCUAGUGACUUGGUGGAAUUAGUUAACUGUUUUCAUGGCUUGCAGCAAACUCCCUUUUCGCCAAUAUUUGGAGAUGAGCAGCCACCCAGGUAUGAGGAUAUUAUUCAGCUGCCAUCCUCGGGCGCGGUUCCUCUCAGACCAGCAGGCGAUCAGAGCGAGGUGACGGGCACAUCUCAGUCCAUCCAGACAAGUACUGUGAGCUUUACCUCGAACUCCCUUCACGGCAUUGCACAGGAGAGCAGUGUGAGAGCUGGGAAAGAUGCUUGUGCUCUACCUCAGUUACCAGCCACAAGCCCUUCUGACUGCACGUCUUCCGCUGAGGCUCUGUACAUUGAGGAGGAGUCAGAUGGGGAAAGAGCAUUAGGGAAAAUAAAGGAGAAGGGGGAUUGGGAGAGUUUAGAGCACAGCUACCAGCACUCUGGUUGUUCAGAUGUAGGUGCUGAUGUUAAACCAGAACAUGCUGGGGUGGGAAAUGAGCUUUCCCGUGCUUCUGAGAAACUUCUAAAGCCGCUUUCAGAUCCUGUAUCACGUGGUUCCCAAGCUGAUGUCUCCAAAGGAGAACAGACGUGCAAGAUAGAUAAGGAUGAGAUAGAUAAACUGCUGCUGGACUUGGAGUGCUUCUCACAGAAAAUGGAGAGUACUUUUAGGGAACCCCUAAAGGAGAGUGAACCUGCCUGUUGGCAGGGUAGGCCGGUACUACCUCUGGCUCUUGAACCCAAAAGUAAACCUGUUGACCCUACUUCCCCUCUGUCAAAAAUCAUGGAAACCAACGGCCAUAAAAUGGAGGAAGAUGACAAAGCCCUUUUACUGCGUAUUCUGGAAAGCAUUGAGGACUUUGCCCAGGAACUGGUGGAAUUCCAGACAGGCAAGGGAAGCUUGUCCAAGGAGAAGGAAGUGAUGCAGAUUCUUCAGGAAACAUUAACAGCUCCUCCUCAGUCCAUCCUCCCGGGGCAGAAAAGCUGUGCUGGGGCUGCUUCCAGAGACUCUGUUCCAGCUUUGAUUCAGCAGGCCCCAGAAGUGAUUAAGGUUCAAAGUAAACAAGAGAAGAAACCUGGAACUUCAUCCCCCGUCCCUUUGAACUCAGUGGUUAGCCCUUGUGCUCUCCUGCCUGUGAAUAAAGCCACCAGCAGUACCCCUUUGUCCAUAAACAUUCCACGUUUCUACUUCCCUAAAGGACUUCCGAAUGUCUGCACUAAUCAUGAAGAGAUCAUUGCCAGGAUUGAAGAAGCCUUUACAGAGUUUGAGGAUGAGAAAGCAAACAUCUGUGAAAUGGGGAAAAUUGCGAAGAUCUGUGGCUGCCCACUCUACUGGAAAGCACCCAUGUUCAGUGCCUCAGGAGGAGAAAGGACAGGAUGUGUAUCUGUACACUCAUUUGUAUCUUUGUGGAGAAAAAUCCUACGUAACUGCCAUGAUGAUGCAUCCAGGUUUACCUACCUUGUAGCGAAGCCUAGCUGUGACUACCUUGAGCAGGAGGACUUCAUCCCGCUCCUUCAGGAUGUGGUAGAAACGCAUCCUGGCCUGACGUUCCUGAAGGACGCUCCAGAGUUCCAUUCCCGGUAUAUUACAACGGUUAUACAGAGAAUAUUCUACACAGUCAAUCGAUCCUGGUCUGGGAAGAUCACUCUAACAGAGCUGAGGAAAAGCAACUUCUUGCAAACUCUUGCUCUGUUGGAAGAAGAGGAUGACAUAAAUCAGAUCACAGAUUAUUUCUCCUACGAGCACUUCUAUGUUAUAUACUGUAAAUUCUGGGAGCUGGACACUGACCAUGACCUUUAUAUCAGCCAGAAGGAUCUGGCUAGGUACAGUGAUCAAGCUUUAUCGAGCAGGAUUAUUGAGCGAAUAUUCAGCGGCGCUGUGGUGAGAGGAAAUGAAAUUCAGAAGGAAGGCCGCAUGAGUUAUGCUGAUUUUGUGUGGCUGCUCAUUUCGGAGGAAGACAAAAGGAGUCCUACAAGCAUUGAGUACUGGUUUCGGUGCAUGGACCUGGAUGGGGACGGGGUGCUCUCCAUGUAUGAACUGGAAUACUUCUAUGAGGAGCAGUGCGAACGGAUGGAAGUGAUGGGCAUAGAACCACUGCCAUUUCAGGACUUGCUGUGUCAGAUGCUUGAUCUUGUUAAACCAGAGAGGGAGGGAAGAGUAACCCUGCGAGACUUGAAGAGGUGCAGAAUGGCUCAUGUAUUUUUCAACACCUUCUUCAAUUUAGAGAAAUAUCUGGACAACGAACAGAGGGAUCCCUUUGCAGUGCAAAAGGAUACAGAAAACGACGGCCCUGAACCCUCUGACUGGGACAGGUAUGCUGCUGAAGAGUAUGAGAUUCUUGUGGCUGAGGAGUCCGGGAACGACCAGUUACAAGAAGGGUGACGUCGCAUUUUUGAAGUCUGAAACAGCUCCGUCUCUUCCUGUAAAGAGCAUGUCAGCAACCUUGCUGCUUGCUUUUAAGAGCCCCUGCAAAGCUCUGUAGUCAUGGCAGCAGGAUUAGAUCUCAUUUGUGGAACAUAGCAACAGAGCAUGCAGGAAAAAGGGAAGGGAAAAAGAAAGAGAGCUGGACGCCCAAACAAGUUUGCUAGAAAGAGGCAUUUGAGUUUUUGCACAAUCAUUUCUGCUGUCCUUUGAGGAUGACAGAAACAGAGUGGGGACAAAACCAAAAGGAUUUAUGAGCUCUUUGAGGGAGAAGAUGAUUUUUUGGUUAUAUUAGCUGACAGAAUCUGAAAUCCAUUAUUUGUCUUACUAAUAAUACACAUGAAAAUAACCAUCAUUCAGCAGUCACAAAUGAAUUAUUGGGGCAUUCUGCACCACAUGUGAGACUUAACCCUGUCCAUAGCUUCGCUGGAUGGAAGGUUCCUAAAACCAAUCGGUGUCUGGGUGCCUGCAGGCUUGCCCAUGAGAGGAGCACUGCUUGUGGAAGAGGAAUCUCCUCAAGACUUAGUGGAUACUCAGCAUGACUUCAUGGAUGCUGUGACUCUGUUGAGAGCUGGUCAGAUGCUGUCUAUGUAGUAGGGUAAGGCAGGAGGAUCUGGUGGUGUUCAUUUCUGAACCUGAGUGGCAGAUUCAGAAAUUUGUAAGCACAGCUAUGGUAUAUUAAAUACCUGUGUUGGAAAACACAAGCACAAUACAACCACCAAAAAGAAGAUAAAAGAAAAGAAAGAUGUCGUUUUGCUCAAAACUACCACUUGGAGCACGCUGUUUCACUGGAAGCAUAAGGUGAUCUGAACACUUCUCAGCCAUGGUAUCUGGUUUACACAUCUGUGUACAGGUUUUGAUGAAGAGCCUGUUCCCUGGGGAAUGCAUGUGCAUGUUGUUGUUUGAAGGCAGAAACACCAGUUGAACCCGACCACAGGGGCUCUCAACGCAGAAAUGCUUUCUCACAGCCCAAGCCACGGCCUGCCUGGCAGCAGUGGAUGCUCACCAGAUGCCACUAGCACAGAAUCCUCCCCAUGGCAGGACAUACAGCCUGGCAGGCAGAAGUGGCUCCUGAGGACUCGUGCCUGCGCAUAGGUCAGCAGAGGGAAGAAGUGGCAGACAGUUCUUCCUUGGCACUGCCCACACAGGGCUAUCGGAGUUUGUUUAUCGCUGCGCUCGCCCGUGGAAGACACGCUGUGACAUUUCCUGCGUAACAAGCAUGGUGUCUGGAACUGAAGGAAACCUUUGAAUUUCUUGGGAGUUCAGAGAAUAACCUGUGAUGUGCUGAGGCUGGGGAGAAAAAACAUCUUAAAAGUAAUUUCUCACCAACAGGAAGGGGAUGAAAGCCCCAAAGCACUAUCCUCUGCUGCAGAGCAUAGGACCUGACUAGCCCAAAUAUGCAACCAGCUGGAGAGAAAAACUUGCAGGCAAACCUCCCUAAGUCAUGAACACUAAGACCUGGAUAUUAAACUGAAAACCAAGUGAGAGAGGAACAUGAGAGGAACAGUGUGGCCAGCAUUGUUUUUCUGGGAAUGGCAAAGCAUCUCCUAAGCCAAAAGAUGCUUUGGAAACCAGGUGUUUGUGAGCAAGUCUGAGCAAGCCAAAUCUCCGUUAGGACCUGAAUCUGUGGCUGAGCAACUCUAUUCCUACACUGAAGUAUUAAGGCUACUGCAAGAUACUGACAACUGUUACUAAAACUGUAUUCAAAUUUUAGGAUGCUAAACACCAGUGAAAAGUUGUUUCAGAAUUUAAGAAUGAGGCUGGAUGGGAGCACAAAGUCAUGUCAGCUGUCAGAAUACUGCCACACUGUUUUCAGUGCCUUAUAAACAUCCUCCUUGAGGUUAGCAGCCUGCAUGUUAUUGUAUCUUAGCCAAAACGUUUAGUGGCCACUGAAAUAACUUAGCUGAAAAAAGCUCUCACCAAAAUAUAGCUUUUAAAGACCCACCUUUUAUCUUUGCAGAUCAUUUGAAGAAGACUAUGAGACAGAUGAAGUCUUAUCUCCCUCUGAAACUGGAGACAAGUCAAACUAGUUAUCUCAGAUCUCUCAGCAUAGAGAAAUGGAGAACGUGUAAUCAAUAUCUGUCAAACUGGAUAGCAGUCAGUCCCAAGACACUUAGGGACACUUAGGGAUUUCUCUUAAGUCCACCAUGGGCGCAAUAUGCUUUAUUUUGUACACUGUAACUUGAGAACCCUUUUUCUCUUCUUGUAUAACUGAAAUAACAAUUUCUAUAAAGAGGCUUUCUACAAUGUGUUAUUGUGCACGCUCAUUAAAAAUGGUGAUUGCACCUUGUUUCCUUUAUAUCUUUCCAUAUAAAUGUCCCCAGAUGUGCAAUAAAUGCCAGCAUCUAACGAGAAACUAAGAACUGCAUGCAACAUCUACAGUGGUCAUCUCUCAGUCAGUUCAGUCCUCUUUGUGACCCUUUGACUUUAUACCAGUGACGUGAAUUGCCAAAUUAACUUAAAUGGACAUGUAAAAAUCUUUUGAAAUGGAAAUCACAAUGAAGUUCUUAUUUUUGCUAGUGUCCUGGAAACCAAGGCACCGUGCCUGCACGGGGAGAGAGUGGGGUCCCUUUUUGCUAUUUAAAGCUUUCAUAGAUGAUACCAAACAAAUUUUUCUCAUCAGUCUGUGGACAGUUAAAGUACCACAUGAUAAAGUUUCUCUGAGAAUUUGCGAUACAUAUUCCCCCUGUGCGUGAGAGGAUCUUCCCUAUGAAUCAGGCUAGUGUUUGGUGUCCAUAAAAUUAGUUUGUAGCAUAUUUACAAGAAACAUACAGCUGGUGUGCUGAAACUGCUGCGUUUUGUGUGCAUCGAUUCUGUUUCCUUCUUCUGCUCUUCCCAUCUCUUGUAAUCUUGCUAACCUGUAGCCUUCUGCAAGAGACUAAGCUGAGAUCACGAAGAAAAAACAUCAACCCUAACAUAGCAUGGUAAACUUCUGUUAACAGAGGCAUUCUUUAACUGGUAAAAGAAAUAAUCCCUUAAUAUUGCUGACUUUUUUUUCCACCCAUGAAAUAGACUUAGUCUUGGAGAGGUAGUGGUGUAACUGAUGAAUUCUUGCUGCAAGUGCAAAACUAAACUGACUCCCUGUGGAAUUCCAGCUGGUGUCUCCAGUAACAGCACAUGAUCUGCUGCUGGAGCUGUCCCUCCUUUCCGACUAGUAGCUAUUUGUGAUUCAGCACAGAGGUGAUUGUAACAGUCUUCACUGUAACUGUAUCAGCCCUCACUUCUGGCUGCCAUAGGUGAUAAAGGAAUAGAUUUGGGACUUACCUUCUCCGGUUUGGCAGAGGUUUCACCUGCUGUACUUGAUUUCAACUACCGUAACGGUGCCCAAGUGUGUAAUGCUCGGUUGGUAUGUAUACACCGUAUUUCCUGUUGCCUCACCACACGAAUAUCAAACCGUGACUCUUCGGAACAUCCCUGUGUGCAUUGCUGCCAGAAUACCAGAGAGACAACUGCCAGUAUCACAUCUCCAAGCGGGCAGCUCCGCGUCUGCGCUAAAGGCAGAACCCAUUCAGUUAAUAGGCAACUUGUAUAUACACGCAGACACUGUUAGCCCCGCACAGUUUGUACAUAAAAAUGCUGGCACAAUGGUACAUUAAUCCCUAGAUGAUACCUCUUAAGUGUUAUUGUUAAUAACCAAGUAAGUAAUUGGCUGAUCACUACAAUGCAGCUUCAACUUUUCCAGGAGCCUUUGAAGUGUCAUGCCUGCCUCCCAACGCCUAGGUGGGACAUACUGCUGCCUUGUUGAGGUUAGUAACUCGCUCAUCAGGAUCGAAAUCUGAAUGAGAGGAAGUUUUUAGUUACGCUGGCCUUGAAGACCUGUUCUCUUUUCCAUGAACAAAGCUGCUAUUUUAUCUAGAUGCACAUAUGGAAAAAUCCAGGAUCCUGGGAUGCGUAUUUUUUUUUCAUAUAUUUGGGAAACUCUGGAUGCCCAGGUUCUUAGCAAAGGCACUUUGAGGUAUCUUGCAUUCUGCAGGAGAAGAUAUAAGGGGGGUGAAGGGAGAGACGUCACUCUGACCAAGCCCUUUAAAUGCCUCUUUGAAUACAAGCACACAAGAGCAGCUCUGCUCAACAUCAGGAUGUUUGAGUUACAUCUCCAUUAUCGCUGUACCCCAGAGAGGAAAAGCUUUACUGGGAAAGAAUCCACAAAGACCCAAAUGCAGAAAAAACUAGGAAUGACUGCAGAAAUGUACAUAGGAUGGAAGUUGCACAACUGCCAAGUGUAACCAGCUCUGUCCACUUUUCACCUGAAAGAACCAAGGCAAAGCAUUGCAACUCUUUUCUUCAGUAUCUGGGUUUAGUGGCCCAUAACUCAUAGUCUGAUGGAAUUUUCAAUCUUUCCAAAGACAAAGAUUACUCAACAGAACAAGAAUGACACCGUUCUGGGCUGAAAUCGAACCUUUGUGUUACUUCAACUGCUUUUCUGACAAAGUAGAGUGAUUCAAACCUAAUUAAUGCUUUUCUAGCAGGACAACACAACAAAGCUAAUCAAAGGAAUAAUAAUAAUAAAAUAAUUAAAAACAAACAUCCUUACAGCAAAUGUUUUGCCUCAUAUACAAGGACAAGUGACAAUAACCACCACUACUUUGAUCUCAAAGCAAAAUGUGCAGUAAUUUGUAGUAUUUCCUUCUGCAGUAGAAAUCCAGUCUCUCUCUUGUACCUGGGCAAAUACAUGUACAAAUAAUCGUAACUCAACAACCACAGAUCAAUUGAUAAAUUAAAUGUAUUCCACAUCCAACUUGCAACUUUGCCCUGCUCGUAGCUUCUCCAAAUGGAAGGUUUCUAAAGCUGCAGUAUAUAAGCAUAGUAAAUUGGGGAACUCCUGUCAUACUUUCAGAGUUUCUCUUUCUGGGAUAGUCAAAACAUAAAAAGAGCAGGGUGUUUGCCAAUACAGACAGACACCAGUCUGUUCAGCUGCAACACACACCAGUUUCGGAGGCUACAAAGCUCUUAAAAUAAAGCAACCUAAGAAUUGUAGCACAGAAAACUCGUAGGAACCCACUUGAUUUUGACUUCACCUCCUGCCUGCAACUGUCAGUGCCACUUUAGAUGUUGCAGGACAGAUCUUGCAUUUUUCGUUGGAAGUCUAUCUCAGAAGUCUACUAUGGGCUGGAUUCCUUUUUCCUUAUAGUCAGAAAAAUGACUAAAAUUCAGUUUUGCAUGAUAAAAGAAUAAGUAUUUGUUCCCUGUAGUCUCAUUUUGUCUAGCAAAAAUAAGCCUUGUGUCCUUACAGAAAACCUCACUUAUUAUUUUUAUAUUCACAAAUUCUCUCUCUCCGCAGUACUAAGGCAGGAGAUGUGGUUUGAUACAACCACAUGCAAGUACUGCUCAAAUGGUACUAGCUUGACUUUUUUUUUUUUUUCCAAAAUCUCAGUAGUAAUUCCUUCACUACAGUUUUUGGCCGCAAAGCCCAGGAACUGGCAUAGUUCCCCCUCUGCUGGUCUGCCACCAAGCGGCAGUGUUGCAAAACAGACACGGACAGCAAAAAGAAAUUCCAGUCUCAGGUUUACAGAAAACAUGGCAGAAAACCUUCCUGCUUUCGUGAGCUAAGAAUUUCAGAAAGCUGACUUGAGAUACUCCAACCGAGGUACUGUGCUGAGUUUCUGAAACACGCCUGGAAGACCAAAAGGAAAAAAAAAGAGGUCACUGAAGUGUCAUUUUAACAGUGGGUACUUCUGGAGUACGGCACUUCUAAAUCACAGUAACCUAGGUCUAUGCAAUU